AUGUUGUCCGUGGCCUCCAUGUUGCGCACAACUUCUCUAUUCUUCCUCGUGGGAUCCUGGCCAUGCUGGGCAGCCCGAAUUCAAUCCACGGAGUCGACGCAGUUCGGCCCGUAUCCCCUCUACGAUGACAGCAGCUCAGACGGCUCAGUGAGCUCGGACUCGGACGAUGGCAUGCCGAGCUUUCGCCGUCCCUUCCACGUGAUGCAGAAAAUCGCAAUCAUCGGGGGCGGGCCUGGGGGGAUCCACAUGGCUAGCCGCUUGAAGCAGCUUGGGUACAAAAAGGUCACAGUCCUCGAACGCACGGACCGUGUUGGUGGCAAGUCCUUGACGCUGUACCGCAACAAAGAAGGCAGCUGCGUCCAGGAGAAGGACGACGAGACUGACACGAUUGACACAAAAUCGUGUGUUGCCUUUGAAAUGGGCACCUGCUUUCUGCACAACGGCUACCACACUAUCUAUGAUCUUGUGGACGAGUACGGCUUGCCGAAGACGGUGGCACCGGAGGGCCGCGCCAUGUUUUCGCACUUUACGGAUCACUUGCAUGCUUUGCCGAUGGAGAAGUUCGUGAGCAGUUCGAUCCUAGAAGCAAUCGCAGAAGGCAAGAUCAAGGUACCCAUUUGGGCUAUUACGGAAGGCUGGAAAGUGAUGUACUCGCUGCUCCACGCCGUGAACGCAUACAACAAGAUGCAUAAGGAGAUUUUCGGAGAGAUCGAAUUUUCUAUGCCAGCACCACUUUCUGACGAGAAUCUCCAGCGGAUCAACAUGACCUUCCUGGAGUACCUUGAAAGCAACGACUUGCAUGCUCUGGCAGGCUUCCUGAUGUUUGCGCAUGCAGCUCAAGGAUAUGGCUAUGUGAAAACAAUCCCUGCCUUUUAUGGGCUCUGGUGGAUCAGCCCAGAGUUGCUGAAUGGGUACGUUCAGAUGAGCUUCCGCGAGAAGUUGGAGAAAUACCUGAACCCGAAUUGCAAGUUCUACCAGUACGUGCGGGGCCUUUGGGUGGACGCCGUUGUAUCGCUCGCAGUCGGAGGCCGUGCUGACCCCGUGAAGCGGACGACCCACAUGCUGCCCGAAGGGUAUCAAAAGAUUUGGACAACCAUGGCUGAGCGCGAUGGAAUCGACGUCCGAUUUGGUGUGCAGAUUCAAUCCAUCGAUCGCCAGCUGCACGAUGAUUUCGCUCCCGUCCUCAUCAAGUACACCCAAGACUCGCCGGAAGUUAUCGAGGAGGAGUACGACUUCCUCAUCUACUCUGCACCCUUUGCCCAUUCGCACAAGUACGUCAAGGACUUGGUGGAGAAAGAGACGUCCAUCUUCAACCGUCUGGAGAGCUUAAAUUUGUGUUGGCCACGACGCUCUACACCAGCAGUCCGGUUCUCGAUUACUCGGACGAGACGCAUGCGCCGAUCAUGUACAGUGCCGACAAGAUGA